AUGGACUUACAGACAUUGGUGGUUCACUUAAGGAAAGCUCUUGAACUAUUUUCAAAGGAACGUGCUCCAAAACUUGAAGAUAAAAAUAAUGCUUCCUCAAUAUUAAGUGAGGGAUUGAAGGAUAUAGAUUUGGCAUACAAAGAGGACAUAGAUUUCUAUAUGUGCACGAGUUGGUGUCAUUUUGAGUUUUAUGAAGCAGAUUUUGGGUGGGGAAAGCCCAAGUGGGCGAGUAUUCCUUCUUUGAAGAUAAACAAUUCUAUUAUUCUAAUGGAUACGAGUGAUGGAAAAGGAAUAGAAGGAUGGGUAACUUUGACUGAACAAGAUAUGAAGUUGAUGGAGAGUAACCAUGAAUUGCUCGAAUUUGCGUCUUUGAACCCAACUAUCAUAUAG